UCCAAACGUCGCAUGAAUAUUUUCAACGUGACGACGGAGGAAGUGAACGCAUCAGCUAACACUUUGCUCUGAGUAACAGACACACUACACAAGAGACAUCAUCUUUCAGGGUUUCCUCAUGGAUUCUCCGAGGCACACUAAAAAUGCCAACCUGACCCGAGAGCCAAAGAACAACCAGAAGCAGCCAUCCGCUCCUCGCCAGAAAGAUGCCUAUGCCAGGCUUCUGAGCCAGCACAGCAGCAGCAAGUUCAGUCAGUAUCUUGAGCAAUAUGCGAGGGAAACAUACUUUGAAAGAGAAGGAACAGGGCUGAACACACAAGCCCAGAGUGACAGGCUGAAUAUACCGCAGCGAAAGAGGGACCAAGCACCAUGCGAUUUCUCAGAUUCAAGUGACUUCUCCCCCUCAUCCAUGAAAAGCAAAGGGGAGGAAAGUUCACUGUCCUUGUACAUGGAAAAAUUGAGCAGCCGCAGUGCUUUGCAGGACUGUGAGAGGAAGCAGGGUGUGUCCGACAGGCAGCAACGGGGACAGAGAAGAGACACCGCCACAAGUCAAGAUGGGGACAUCGAAUCUGGCGAGGAACUCGUCUCUUUGAAACCCAAUGACUUGAAAAAACAGCAGAAGCAGCAGAAGAAAAGUAAAGGCUCUAGGGAGACUGACUCGUUUGCUGGACACCCACAGUCCCCAAUGACAGCAAGUACAAGUGGACAGGAGCAAGAGAAGACGACAAAGUCAAAGAAAAAAAAUCCGCCAAAGCACCAAGAAGAGAAUAAAGGCAGAGAAGAGGCGUCGAAACCUGAGGUUGACCCUCAGAUGACAAGGCCAAAGUCCCCUCAUGGCAGAGACAAAAAGACACAGCAAACCAGAGCUCCUAGUGCCAAUUCCCCUGCCGACAAGAGUAAGAACAAAGGAGGGAGAGGAUCAAAGAAACAAGUGUUUGAGCCCUACAUGACGCUCGAGGAGGUUUCCCAUGGCCUUAAAAGAGGAGAGCUCAUUCAGGGUCAGUUAAGAAUCAACCCGAAGAAAUUCCAUGAAGCUUUCAUCCCAUCUCCCGAUGACACCCGGGAUAUAUUCCUCGAUGGGAUUGUAGUCCGUAACAGAGCACUGAAUGGAGACAUGGUGGCGGUGCAAAUCCUGCCUCGAGAGCAGUGGAAGGUUGUGAGGUCAGACACUGACUGUGAUGGCACCAGUGAGUCAGAGACCCAAAGAGACAACACAGUGCAGAAGAAAAGCGCACAACGUACACCCAGGCUUGAUGUAGACCAGGGCAGCGACCGAGAGGAACUCAUCAGAAGAGUUCAGAACACCACUCUCACUGACACAGGAGAACCUCUGGAAGACCCCCCAACCCAAAGAUCCAACGGGGAAAUUCUUCAAAAGACGGCUAAAGUGGUGUACAUUGUUGAAAAUAAACACUCCAGAGCUGUGACAGGCUUCCUCAAAUUCCUGCCAGAUAAACCUUUUGCCAUGUUCUCCCCUGUCGACCACCGGGUGCCCCGGAUUAACAUCCCCCUCACCGACUGUCCUGAAAACUUCAGUACCCGCCCAGGCGACUAUACAAACACCCUGUUCAUAUGUCGGAUCACCAACUGGGCAGCAGACAGCAACUUCGCAGAAGGUCAACUCGCUAAGACGCUGGGGCAAGCUGGAGAGAUCGAGCCAGAGACGGAGGGCAUCCUGACGGAGUACGAUGUGGAUUGUUCUGAGUUCUCAGAUGAUGUGUUGGACUGCCUGCCCAAAAACCUGCCCUGGACGAUCCCACCUGAGGAGAUGAGGAACAGGAAAGAUCUGAGGACAGAGUGUAUCUUUACUAUUGACCCUGCGACAGCCAGAGACCUGGACGAUGCUCUGUCCUGUAAACAACUCCCUGACGGUAACUUUGAGCUGGGAGUCCACAUUGCUGAUGUGAGUUAUUUUGUGGAGGAAGGCAAUGCUCUGGAUAACAUCGCCAGCCAAAGAGCAACAAGUGUGUACCUGGUUCAAAAGGUGAUCCCCAUGUUGCCCAGGCUGCUGUGUGAGGAGCUGUGCAGUCUGAAUCCUCUCACUGACAGACUCACGUUCUCUGUCAUUUGGAAAAUCACACCAGAGGGAAAGAUCCUCAGCGAGUGGUUUGGCCGCUCAGUCAUUCGCUCCUGUGUGAAGUUGAGUUAUGACCACGCUCAGAGCAUGAUCGAGGCGCCUGAGAAGAUGUUCUCUGCUGAGGAGCUGCCUCCGGUGGACCCUGAGCACCCCAUUGAUGAGAUCCAUCAGGCUGUGCUCAACCUGCACUCCAUCGCCAAGAACCUCCGAGCUCAGCGCUUCUCAGGGGGGGCUCUUAGACUGGAUCAGUUGAAACUGUCAUUCACCCUGGACAAAGAGACCAUGAUGCCUCAAGGCUGCUAUGUUUACCAAUACAAAGACAGCAACAAGUUGGUGGAGGAGUUCAUGUUACUGGCCAACAUUGCCACUGCCAACCACAUCUACCACAAGUUCCCCCAGCUGGCCAUGCUCAGACGACACCCUCCACCCAAAGCAAAGAUGGUGGAUGAGCUGCAAGAGCUCUGUGACCAGCUGGGCAUCAGCAUUGAUCUGUCCUCUGCAGGAGCUCUCCAUAAGAGUAUCAACACUACUCUUGGUGACGAUGAGUACACGGCCGCCAGAAAGGAAGUCCUCACUCACAUGUGCUCCAGACCCAUGCAGAUGGCGUUGUACUUCUGUUCGGGUGGACUGAAAGACGAGAAGUUAUUUAAACACUACGCCCUCAAUGUUCCUCUCUACACUCAUUUCACAUCACCCAUCAGACGCUUUGCUGACAUCGUCGUUCAUCGGCUGCUGGCUUCGUCUCUAAAGUGUGGACCUCAUUUGGGGCUGUCGACAGAAGAAGUCCAAAAACAGGCAUCCCAAUGUAAUGACAAGAAAACAAUGUCAAAGAGAGUCCAGGAGCUCAGCUCGGAGCUUUUCUUUGGCGUGUUUGUGAAGGACUGUGGUCCUCUGGACUCUGAGGCCAUGGUGAUGGGGGUGCUGGAUCAGUCCUUCGAUGUUCUGGUUCUCCGAUACGGAGUUCAGAAACGCAUCUACUGCAAGUCUAUUGCGGGCCUGGACUCAUUCCACCAUCGUAAGGUGGGGAAGAAAUCUGAGCUGACUCUGGUGUGGACAUCAGAGGACCCAGAGAAACCUCCUGAGGAGCAGGUCAUUUCAAUCUUUACAUUAGUGGAGGUGCAGCUCAAAGCAGACGAGGCUCCGAUGAAGUACAGCGCUGAGCUGAAGAGGCCUGAGGAGACCAGCUCCUAAACACUUCAACGUGCCAAACCGUACACAAACACCGUUAUGGACAUUUUAGAUUGCACUCUUUGAUAAGCUGUCCUGUAGAAAUGACUUUAGAGCCAGUAUUACUGUGGUGAGCUGGGAAAUCACUUGAAUGCCUGUUGCAGUGUUUACUUACCACACUAUGUUCAUAACUGCUGCCAACAUCAAACUUUUACAAAUAGUUACAAAAUAGUUACAAAGUUUCUGUUAAAGAGACGUAAAGCUGCUCUUUACUGUCACUCACUUGUGAUAGAUGGAAAUCAAAGUUUAGAGACAUGAAUCAUUUUAUGCCUCAACAUCACAAGUUGAGGCAUAAAAGGAAAGACAAAUUUUAUUCCUCAAAAAUUCUGCUGUAGACUUCUUCAAUUAGUGAGGAUUGUUUAAGUGUGACAAAUGUUGUACUACGUCUAUUGUUAAAACUGACUUUUAACACGUUUACUUUUAGAUUGAUUACUUUUUUUCUGAUUCAAGAAUGCGUAAAGACCCAUAUUUGUGUUUGCAAAGCAAUAGUGAGAGAGUAAACCACUGUACUGAAGUUUAUUUAUGUGGCUUUUGGUAGCCAUCAUAUACGAUUUAGAGAAAACGAGGCUACAUAGAUAGUUGCAUUAGAUGCAGGGCAAAACAACAUUUAGAUUGAAACAAAAUAAACAGCCAGGUCAGCCAUAAGUUAUUUUACUGCUCUCUGUAUUUAUAGACUUUUACUGUAGAAAGAGUUUCAGAUUCUUCUGACUCAUAAAAGGAGGAGACUCUUAAUGUCACGGUGAUGAAGUACAACUCGGAGGACUUUUUGUCAUUUAAUUUAAAUAGUUAAAAACUGGCUCUCAUAGAUAUAAAACAGUGUUGUAGUCUAAUCUGAGGUACAUGUUCUGUUUUUAGAGUGCUUAUCGGGACUCCUCUUAAUAUAUAGCAACUCAUUGUUACUGUUUUUAAUGCAAAACAUGGUAAUGACUUGAAUGUGAUUUGCUGCUGAAAUAGUUGGUGGCCUUGGAUCUUAAUGCGUUUUAGUUUUGCUCAUCUUAGAAGUGCUUCCAACUCUUGUUUGUGUGGGUUUUUUUAAUGCUCAGACCUGAUUUGUGCAGCACAAAUACUUUAUGGACCUCACUAAUAUCAACUGUGAAUUCAGCCUUAAUUUAGUCGAGUGAAGAUAAAAGCUAAAUAUUAGUGCUGCUGCACAUUUAAACUGAUUUGGCCUGUUUUUUUUGGUUUGACUGAGUCGGAGUGCCUUUCUUUUUCUUACUCUCUCACAUUUUAGUUUAAUGGUUUUAUAUAAAGUCAUUGGAUACAGAUUAGCUGCUCAGUCUUGAAAAAUAUUUUUCUGUUAUAUUCGGAUAUGAAAUCUAUUUCAGAGGUGUUUCAUGCGUUUGUUGAAAUCUUAAAGACAACCAGCUUAAGUUUGGAGGUUAUUUUGAUUUCCAGGGACUGACGGCGUGCCAUGAGCUGUAAUUUAAACCAAUAGAUAAAUUGCUUUGCAGAACUAUUAUGCUGACUUUUUAGGAGGUGUCUCUGCUUUCUAUUUAUGUGUCCUAUUUAAAACCCUUAAAACUGAAUUUAACUUUAUAGUCUCUGUUGUUGUUUUUGUUUUCCAAAGUUAUUCUGUGACAUGUAACAUCAAAGUGCAGUUGUUCUCUGCUUCACAACAUACUGAGAAGUAGAUGACUGUCUAUGUCUGUAGGAAAAUAAACACAUGAAAUCCAUGAA